AUGCUCAAGAGAGGAGCUAGGGUUCUUGAUCGGUCGGAGGAAGCUCGUAGCUACUCGGCGCUCGAGGCAGCAGUACGGCGAUGUCUCGCGACGCGCGAUCUAGAGGCGGGCCGGCGCGUGCACGGCGCCAUCGCCGCCAGGGGCUUGGAUCGAGACAGGUACCUUGGAAAUCUCCUGGUGGAGAUGUAUGGCAAAUGCGGCCGCGUCGGCGAUGCUCUAGCGGUGUUCCACGGCAUCCACGCCCCAAAUGUCUUCUCCUGGAACAACAUCCUCACGGCAUUCUCUCGGAAUGGCGCUGAGCAGCGCGCGAUCGAGUUCUUGUCGAGAAUGCAGCAGCUCGGCGAGAGGCCGGAUAGAAUCACCUUCCUCCUCGUCCUGGAUUGCUGCGCGAGCUGCAAGGAUGGGACGAGAGGCAAGCAAUUCCACUGCUUGAUCGAGGAAAGCUUGGAAGACUACCACGUUUCUCUCAAGAACGCUCUCAUCCACAUGUACUCUAGCUGUGGAUUCCUGGGCCGGGCAAAGGAGAUCUUCGAUGGGUGUGGCGAGAGAGAUGUGGUUACCUGGAGCUCCAUGAUCGCAGCCUACUGCGAGAACAGGCAUUACGAUCGCGCCAUGAAGAUGCUCCAGGGAAUGGAUUUACUGGGCGAGAAGCCGAGCUUUGUGACUCACAUCACCCUUCUAGAUGCCUGUGCUGGGCUCGGGCAGUACGAGAAAGGAGUGAUGAUCCACAGAAGAAUUCUGGAAGCUGGCCACGAGAUGGAGCUCAAUCUCGCCAAUGCGAAUGGGCGUUCUCUGGAAGCACUCAAGAUCUUCCAGAGGCUCGACUUUGAAGGGCUCAAGCCGUCCAAGGUGACGUUCCUGAGCUUGCUGGAAGCCUGCGCCGGAUCUUCUUCUCCAGAUCACGGCAAGUUCCUCCACGAUCGCGUGGAAGCUGCUGGAUUCCUCUCGGACACUGUCUUGGCGAAUGCAUUGAUCAACACCCACGGCAGAUCUGGGAGCCUGGCUCGAGCAAGGGAGGUGUUUGAUCGAAUCCAGCGUAGAAGCGUGAGCUCCUGGUCGACCAUGAUCGAAGUACACGCGCAGCGAGGAGAAUCCACCAAGGUGUUGGAGCUUUUCACGUCCAUGAUCCUCGAAGGCUUCGAUCCCAGCGACGUUACCUUCAUCAGCGUCUUGGGCGCUUGCAGCCACGCCGGCCUCGCGAGCAAGAGCUGGGAAUACUUCAGGAUGAUGGUCGAGGACUUUGGGAUUGAUCCGGUCGACGAGCACUACGGCUGCGUGAUCGACGUGUUUGGGCGAGUGGGAUGGCUGGACGAAGCUAUCGCGUUUGCUUCCAACAGCGCGAUCCAGAGCAGUAGCGUCGCGUGGACGAUGCUCUUGGCUGCUGCCAAGACCCAUGGCGAUGAAGAACGAGGCGGCCAAGCUGCUCGCCGGGCAGUGGAGAUCAAUCCAGACGCUCAAACUUGCUACAUUCUUCUUUCCAAUCUCUAUACUGAGCCAGCCAAUGCUAGUGGCUUUGCACUGGUGGAUUGA